CUCUUACUUGUCAUCCAAGUGCUCUCUGGAGUACAUUGGAGCAUGCGACGCGAACAAACCUUAUGCGUGAUAGCCAUUAGGUAUUAGGUUACAGUUUCUCUACACUCUGCCAUGGAUGAUUGGAAAGCACUUGGGCUUGUGGACACACUAUGUACCACAUGUAUUCAAUUAAAAUGGAACGAACCUACAAAAAUUCAACGAGAAGCUAUUCCUUUAGUACUCGAAGGCAAGGAUGUAAUAGGAUUAGCAGAGACUGGAUCAGGAAAAACUGCUGCUUUUGCAUUGCCUAUACUACAAGCAUUAUUGGAGAAUCCUCAAAGAUACUUUGCGCUUAUACUGACGCCUACAAGAGAGUUGGCUUUCCAGAUUUCAGAGCAAUUUGAAGCACUAGGUUCCAGCAUAGGUGUAAAAUGUGCAGUGAUAGUAGGUGGGAUGGACAUGCAUGCACAAGGAUUACUCUUAGAGAAAAAACCUCAUAUCAUCAUUGCUACACCUGGUCGAUUAGUUGAUCACUUGGAGAAUACAAAAGGCUUUAACUUACGGCAAAUAAAAUUUCUGAUUAUGGAUGAGGCAGAUCGUAUUUUGAACAUGGAUUUCGAGGUAGAAGUUAAUAAGAUUCUCCGCGUGAUGCCGAGGGAAAGAAGAACAUUAUUAUUCUCUGCCACCAUGACAAAGAAGGUACAAAAGCUGCAACGUGCAUCUUUACGAAAUCCUGUUAAAGUUGAGGUGUCCACCAAGUAUCAAACUGUGGAAAAACUACAACAAUAUUACAUAUUUAUUCCAGUAAAAUUCAAGGAUGUGUACCUGGUUCAUAUCUUAAAUGAGCUAGCAGGCAACAAUUUCAUGAUAUUUUGUGGAACCUGCAAUAAUACUGUGAGAACUGCUCUAUUAUUACGAAACUUGGGAUUCACAGCAGUUCCUCUGCACGGGCAAAUGUCGCAAAACAAAAGAAUCGCUGCACUGACAAAAUUUAGAGCAAAAAAUAGAUCUAUAUUAAUUUCAACGGAUGUUGCUAGCAGAGGACUUGAUAUUCCGCAUGUAGAUAUCGUUAUUAAUUUUGAUAUACCUACACACAGUAAGGAUUAUAUACAUAGAGUAGGUCGAACUGCACGUGCAGGUCGAUCCGGCCGUUCGAUCACAUUUAUCACGCAAUACGAUGUCGAACUGUAUCAACGAAUAGAACAGUUGAUAUCAAAACAAUUACCAUUAUAUCCAACAGAAGAGGAAGAAGUAAUGUUGCUGCAAGAAAGAGUAAGCGAAGCACAGCGAAUAGUGAAAAUGGAUAUGAAAAAUAUCGAGGAGAAUAAAAAAUUAGGUAAACGAAAGCGCGGUAGCAACAAUGAAGACGACACAGAACAGUCUAUUGGAGUGAGAAAAAGGAUGAAAGUAAAAAGUAAAAGAAAAGUAAUGAGAAAGUAAUAAGAAUGCUAAAUAUAAAAUGUCAUUAAUAUUAUAAUUAAUUUUAUUAUAAUAAAAUCCUUUUUCUCUGUGAAACUUUGUGCUUUAAAUAAAAAAUAUAGUAA